AUGACGCUGAAGAAUGCGGCGGUACCUGGAGGUGGAGGCGAAGGAGGAGGAGGAGGAGGCGGCGUGUUUACGCUGCAACCGCAGGCGCAGGCUCAGGACGGCGCCGCCUCAUGUUUGAUUCAGCAGCGGCGCCCGGGGCGGGGCGGGGUGGCGUCGGCAGGUCUGCCGACGUCUGGCGUCGGGAGAUCUGGGAGCGUGGCUGCUGGGAGCCUGCGGUAUACGCUGUUGGGCGCGUUCGUCUUCCUGGCCAUCGAGGGCGGAGGAUCGAGCGGCGGUGCCGGUCUACCACUCGGCGGACAGCAAUCGCGCCGGCUCCACGGCGCAAACAGCAGCAGCUCCGGUAUCGGGGGCGGAACCGGGGGCGGCGGGGGCGGGCCGACGGCCAGCAACUGGCUGCAGCGCGCCGCCGACGAGUCGCGCGCGCGCACCGUGGAGAACAUCUGGGACAUCACGGUGUCGCUCAACAUCCUGUACCGCGACAACUGGACGCGGCUGGCGGCGCAGGAGAUCGCUCGCUUCCAGGAGCAGCUGGUGCAGCGCCUGGGCGAGGAGGCGGCGCUCCAGCAGCGCGCGAUCAGGCUCACCACUUACACCGUGAGGCAAAAUCUUGCUUUCGGCGCGCCCCUGGUAGGCAGCCCCGCAGCGCACGUCGACAGGCGGGCCCGUGGUGCUGCGCCGCAGAGUUAA